AUGCUGUCGCUGACUACUAGUCUACUGAGCACAGUGGUAUCCCAGCUGGUGCCGCUUCAGCUGUCACUUGAGGUGCAGCACAUGGGCCUGACCUCGUUGCACCCGCUGUUUCUUAGAUAUUGGUGUCUGCAAGCGCUGCUGAAACUACCGAUCUUCGGACUAAUGUGGUUCCCCUUCAAGAAUAUCAUCUCACUGGGUUUCUGGGCUGUGCUGACCAGCGAGCUUUGUAGCCAAUUCCAGCAGGCGCUGCAGCAGAACGACAUACGAAAGAAACGACUCCGGCGCGGGGCGCGGACGACGGGGCGGUUCGGGCACGCGAUGCUGGAGCUGUUCCGGAGUCUGAAAGAGUCGCCGGAGCAAGAUCUGUUUCUCUUCGGAAAGUGGACGACGUACGUGCUGGACCUGAGCAGCAGCUGGGAGUUCCCGUACGUCAUUGACACGCUCUUCGGCAGCCUCGUGCAUUACGUGACGGUGCUGCAGAAAGAAGACGCGCAGAGCAUUGCGAACUCGCUCCGCAAGUUCUUCCAGGAACGCAAAGGGGACGAGUACGACAUGCUGGACGAUGUACUGACGGAUGUCAAAAACACAAGGAAGAAAUGA